AGUAGGAACGGUGUCCCGCCCUUGGUUUUGAAUAUAUUUACAUUGUAAAGUAACCAAGAAUAACCGGACGAGUCGUUACCAAAUCCAGACACUUUGAAGACAGGAAAAAAAGUGUGAGCGGUGGUGGUGGAAGUGUGUAUGUGUGCGUGUGUGUGUGUGAAGGUGCAUUACUAUGCGAAGAAGCGCUGCAGCUCUUCCCCAACAGACGACUGGUAAACAAGCACACGCUGUAGGCGCUGCUGGCUAGUGGACCUCCGGGUUCAUGUCACUUUGAUUUCAUUUCUCCAAGGAAGAGGAAUACAAAACAGGAAGAUAACAAGAGGGGGAAUAUCAACGAUGGCUUUCGCGACCGUUUGGAACUACUGCGUCCCUCUCGCGAUCCUGACCAUCGCGUAUCUCGUGCGCACCGCGCGCUGCCAGGCGGUGCAGGCGGAGAACGUGACGGUGCUGGAGGGGGGCACGGCGCAGAUCUCCUGCCGCCUGCAGAACUACGACGGCUCCAUCGUGGUCAUCCAGAACCCCCGACGCCAGACGCUCUUCUUCAACGGCACGCGAGCCUUGAAGGACGAGCGCUUCCAGAUGGUGCUGUUCACGCCGCGGCUGGUGCGCAUCGAGCUCACCAACGUCAGCGUGUCGGACGAGGGCGGCUACUUCUGCCAGCUGUACACGGACGACACACACCACCAGGUGGCCACGCUGUCCGUGUCCGUGCCGCCCGAGACGCCCACCGUGGAGGUGAAGCAGAAGGCGGUGGAGGGCGGUGAGGCCGAGCUCAGCUGCGUGUCGCCGCGCAGCAAGCCCGCCGCAACCCUGCGCUGGGUCCGCGGUGGCCGCGAGGUGCCAGGUGUGUAGGGGUGUGGUCCGCGG